UCCCCUACCACCCCAUAUACAUAUACUACUAAUAUACAUACACAUCUUUACAUAUGCAAGUCAAAAAAAAUCUUUCUCAGAAUAUCACAAGAGUUGUUUUUUUUUUAAGGGAUUUUCUAAGGUUACUUUUCUUCUCUUUGGGGUUUUAAAAACUGAGUUUCUUUGGUCUUAGGUUAAUUACUAGAAAUGGCAUCUGCUAAAGAUGAAGCUACAACAACAAAACCAAACCGUGCUCCUAUGGCUCGGCAAGGAAUAGGUUCAAAAGGCCAAAAGAUUCGCCUACUCACCAACCAUUUUAAAGUAGGGAUGACCAAUUCUGAUGGGCACUUCUACCAUUAUAGUGUUGCUCUAAAUUAUGAAGACGGAAAUCCCGUAGAGGUAAAAGGCAUUGGACGAAAAAUUCUUGACAAGGUCCAACAAACAUAUUCAAUAGAGCUGGCCAACAAAAAUUUUGCCUAUGACGGGGAGAAGAGCCUGUUCACUAUUGGUGCACUACCGGGUAACAAGUUUGAGUUCACUGUUAUCCUGGAGGAUAUCUCUUCAUCUAGAAGCACUCGAGUCAGCCCUGAAGGGAGCCCCAGUGAAGUUGAUCGGAAAAGGUCAAAGAGGCAGCCUUGGUCCAAGGCAUAUAAAGUGGUAAUUAAGUAUGCUGCGAGAAUACCGAUGCAAGCAAUUGCCAACGCACUGCGGGGACAAGACUCUGAACAGUACCAAGAGGCUGUGAGAGUGCUUGAUAUAGUUCUGAGGCAGCAUGCUGCCAAACGGGGCUGCCUUAUUGUGCGCCAAUCUUUUUUCCACAAUGAGCCUAGAAACUUCGUUGAUCUUGGUGGAGGAGUCCUAGGAUGCCGAGGUUUCCAUUCAAGCUUUCGGGCCACGCAAGGAGGCCUUUCGUUGAACAUGGAUGUAUCAACCACAAUGAUUGUGCAGCCUGGGCCAUUGAUAGACUUCCUUCUUGCGAAUCAAAAUGCAAGAGAUCCUUACCAGAUUGAUUGGUCCAAGGCAAAGAGGACGCUGAAGAGUCUGAGAAUCACGGCCAGCCCCUCAAAUAGGGAAUUCAAAAUCACCGGCCUCACAGAAAAGCCUUGCAAAGAGCAGACUUUCAUGUUGAAGCAGAAAAGUGGAAGUGGGGAAGUGCAAGAGGUUGAGACUACUGUUUAUGAGUACUUCACUCAUCAUCGCCGUAUUCCUUUGCGAUAUUCUGGAGAUUUCCCUUGCAUUAACGUUGGCAAACCAAAACACCCAACUUUUAUUCCUCUUGAGCUUUGUUCUCUGGUGUCUCUGCAGCGCUACACCAAGGCGUUGUCCAAUCUACAAAGAGCAGCCCUUGUAGAAAAAUCCCGGCAAAAGCCCCAAGAAAGGAUGAGAACAUUGACUGAUGCUCUAAAGACCAGCAACUAUAAGGCUGACCCUCUUCUUGAAUCUGCUGGUAUUUCAAUCAAUGAUCAGUUUACUCAAGUCGAAGGUCGUGUCUUGCCAACACCAAAGUUGAGGGUAGGGCAUCAACAAGACUUGCUUCCUAUAAAAGGAAGGUGGAAUUUUAACCAGAAGCAAUUGGUUGAACCGGCCAAACUCGAGCGUUGGGCAGUUGUGAACUUCUCUGCCCGCUGUGAUAUCCGUAAGCUUUGUAUGGAUCUACAAAGGUGUGGGAAAAUGAAAGGAAUGUUUAUCAAUCCACCAUUUGCUCAUAUCUUUGAGGAGAAUCAGCAGUUCAGGCACAACCCUGCUCCUGUGAGAGUUGAGAAGAUGCUAGAACUGUUGAGAUCAAAACUUCCAGAUGCACCUCAGUUCCUUCUCUGCAUCCUACCAGAGAGAAAGAACUCUGACCUUUAUGGCCCCUGGAAGAAAAGAAACUUAGCUGAUCUUGGAGUUGUUACACAAUGCAUUGCUCCUACAAAGGUCAAUGAUCAGUACCUUACCAAUGUGCUCUUGAAGAUCAAUGCAAAGCUGGGAGGCAUGAAUUCCUUUUUGACUAUGGAGCUUAACCCUGUACUACCUCAGAUUUCAAAAGUCCCAACUAUCAUUAUUGGGAUGGAUGUCUCUCAUGGCUCACCUGGACGAGCAGAUGUUCCAUCCAUUGCAGCGGUGGUUAGUUCUAGACAAUGGCCCUUUAUUUCACGCUAUCGAGCAGCUGUUUGUACUCAGUCACCAAAGCUGGAGAUGAUAGAUUCUUUGUACAAGAAAGUAUCAGAUACUGAAGAUGAGGGCCUUUUCAGGGAGCUGUUGAAGGACUUCUACACAAGUUCUAACAAUGUGAAACCUGAACAUAUCAUUAUUUUCAGAGAUGGAGUUAGUGAGUCCCAGUUCAACCAAGUCAUAAAUAUCGAGCUAAAUCAAAUUAUCGAGGCCUGCAAUCAUUUGGAGGAAAAUUGGUCUCCAAAGUUCACAGUCAUUGUUGCACAAAAGAACCACCACACAAAGUUUUUCCAGACCAACUCACCGGAUAAUGUUCCUCCUGGGACUGUGAUUGAUAAUGCCAUCUGCCAUCCAAAGACCAAUGACUUCUACAUGUGUGCUCAUAAUGGGCCUAUUGGAACAACACGACCCACACACUACCAUGUUCUGCAUGAUGAAAUUGGGUUCUCAGCAGAUGACAUGCAAGAGCUGGUCCAUUCUCUGUCUUACGUGUAUCAGAGGAGUACCACAGCCAUCUCUGUAGUUGCACCUAUAUGCUAUGCCCACUUGGCAGCAGCACAGGUGGCGCAGUUUAUCAAGUUUGAUGAACUGUCAGAGACAUCCUCGAGCCAUGGUGGAGUUACGACAGCUGGUGUUGUUCCGGUCCCUGCAUUGCCUCGACUUCACAAGAAUGUGCGCAGUUCGAUGUUCUUCUGCUAAGUCCUACACCUGGAAAAUAGAUUUGGAGAAAAAACCUACUCUUAGGGGAAAUUUCUGGGUUCUGUAAUGAUGAGUCUUAGAACUCAGUAUUAUCACUGGAAGUCUUGUAUUUUUUGUCAACAUUUAUCUAAACCACUGUUGGUGGAGAAAACUCUUUUAUGCUAAUUUCUGGUUAUGUUGCGAUGAAUGCCAGAAAUAAGUAAAUUAUAGUCCUUGUGCCAUUGCAUUGGCUUGUUUAUGUGAAAGAGGUUUUAGAAACUCUAGUUUUGCUGUUAACCUUUCUGGAAAAUAUUACUGAAAUCUAUAUGACAAGAAAUUUGGUGCC